UGAAGAGGUAUUUGUGAUUGUCAAAGAGAUCCGCCCUGUUGAAAGCAACUGGCUAUAGGCGGUCAGAUAAAAGUGUUUUGGCUGGAAUGAGUAUUUCUGAGGCCGAAUACUGCUGUGUAGAGGAUUCGCAGCCUGGAGGCUCUGGCUUGGACACGGCCGCUUCUCCAUGGGCUCAGUCCGAGAGCCCUGUCUCUCAAACCGGUCUUGCAUCUGCUCAACCCGCGAGUAAAGCGGAGGGGAAAGGCGACACCGAAUCGCGGAUCAGACGCCCUAUGAAUGCUUUCAUGGUGUGGGCAAAGGACGAACGAAAAAGGCUGGCUCAACAAAACCCCGAUCUCCACAAUGCAGUACUAAGUAAAAUGCUUGGACAGUCAUGGAAAUCUCUUCCUUUUGAUGAGAAGCGCCCUUUUGUGGAAGAGGCUGAGAGACUCCGAGUUCAACACUUGCAAGAUCACCCCAACUACAAAUACCGACCACGCAGGAAGAAACAGAGCAAAAAAGUCAAACGAAUGGAGACCAACCUUCUAGCACACAACCUGCCCCAGAAUCACGGCUCUGCUCUCAGAACCAAUCAGGGAGUUGGCGGCGACAACUUCAACAGGAAUCAGCAUGAGGGAAGACCCUCAGGCCAACAUCAACUCCCUUCGCUCAGUCACUACCGAGAUUUGCACGGACUGGGUUCGGAGUUCGAGAACUAUGGUUUGCCCACUCCUGAGAUGUCUCCCUUGGACGUUUUGGAUCCGGUGUUCUUUCCGCCGCAGGCGCAGGAAGACUGUAAUAUCUCCUAUGGAAACUACCGUCAUCAUAUAGAUUACAGUCGGGAGAAGACAGAUGCCUUGUCCUACUCAGACCAAAUCUCUGCCAAUGUGGGUGAGUUGGUUAGGAACCCACAACAUCUGUAUUACAGCCAGCUGUGCCCUGGAGGUCAGGGCAGCGUAUCCGCUCACCUGGGGCAGCUCUCGCCUCCCCCCGAAGCGCAACGCAUUGACAACGUGGAACACUUUGGUCCAACUGAGUUUUGGACAGAUGUUGAUCGCAGCGAGUUUGACCAAUAUUUAAAUCUGGCAAGGACUCGUCCGGACACCUCUGCGCAAACCUUUCACCUCUCUCUGUCGAAACUGAACCCCAGAGGUGUAUCCGCAUGCGAGGAAAGUAGUUUCAUUUCUGUACUGUCGGACGCCAGCAAUGCUGUCUAUUACAGUGCUUGCCUCACUGGCUAACUCGCAGCACUCAAACUGUUAAGUGCCCGUGCUGGUUUAUUCUCAAUACACCAUUUUUAAAGAAGUCAUUAAACCGUUUUUGCUUCUAUUUAAGCCGAAGUGUGCGGAAAUCACUGAUUGGGUUCCGAUUUGGGAAAGGGGUUAAUUAAAGUGAACCUAAAAAUAACAAGCGACUGGUUGUAAAACAAAUGAUACAGGAGUUUUCGGUGGCCGAAGCAAAUUAAUACUAAAAGCGAAAAUGUAUUAAUCAGAGAUUAUUACAAACAGAAUAAUUUUGUUUUGUAAGCCAUUAUGUAGCAGCACGUACAAAAUGUGAUUGGACUACUUUUGCAUAAAAUCCAAAUGAAAAUGUAAAUGUUGAGAUUUUUUUGAACUGUCCUUUCAGCUUUCGGUGGAUAUAGCACAAUAUAUUGGCGUUUUUAAAACUGUUCUUACCGCUAACUUUCAAUGUAUAAUUCUAACAAAGUCUCAAACACUUUUGUAAAUAUAGUUUUUUUUUGCUGUAAUUGCAUUU